ACCAGGGGAGAGGAGCUGGGCUGGGGAUGCUGCUGGCCCUGCAGGGCACAGGGGGGGCAGGCUGCUAGGCUGGGCUGCCUUGCUCCCCCUUCCACUCCCCCUCCCCAUAGCCGUGGCCAGGGCUCUAGGAAGUGGCCCGCGGGCGGAGUAGGGAGGUAGGUGCAGAAGUUGGCUGCAGGCUGAGCACAGGUGCCAGUCAGACGAUUGUGUAUUUGGCUGUCCUUCUGAGCGCACAUUAAUCCAACGUUCACGCAAAAACCUGAAUGUGUGCAUGCCACUCCAGGCCUAACUCCUCAGAGGUAAUGACAUAUUUUGGUACUUGUGGGGCUGCAGUUCCAUCCCAACAUGGAGGUGGUUCAGUCAGCCCCUUCAGAAUUCAGUCAUGCAGAAAAAUCGUUCAAGAAAGUACCCACCAUCCUUUUGGACAGCCUCGUGGAGGAGCCUGACAAGAGAAAUAGGGUCCCCGAUCACCUGCUAGAGUCGAAGAUUUAUGCAAAACUCCUGAGAAACAAUGUCAUACAGGCUAAGCCAGCCGUAUUGCAUUAUGGAGGGUAUGAAAUUGAAAAACAUCACCAGCAGAUCCUGAAUCUGAUAAAUAUUUCCGGUGAUGCAAUAAAUCUUCACAUUAUACCACCUCAGACAAAAUACUUUCAGAUCAAAUACAACAAAACACAUCGGCUUGUCCCUGGCUUGUCAUUUGCAGUUACAGUUGAUUUUUGUCCUGAUGAGUGGCGAUAUUACUAUGACUGUAUCCGGAUUCACUGUCAGGGAGAUGACACUUUGCUUGUUCCUAUCCACGGCUACCCUGCUAUGAAUGUUGUAGAAUUUCCAUCAUAUAUAAGCUUAUCAGAUGUUUCACUGGGGCAGAGCAAGAAGUAUGUCGUCCCUUUACAGUGCAGCUGUCCAAUUGAUUUUGAAUUCCAGAUUGAGUACAUUCAGCCUCAUAAAGCCUUUACCGUUCAGCCAACCUCAGGAAUAAUUCCCGGCAAUGGGAAAGUGGAUGUGGUUGUUAAAUAUGCACCAUUUGAAUAUGGAACAGCACAGAUGAAAAUGCAGUUGAGGAUUUCACAGUUUAACGCUCAACCCUAUGUAUGUGUAUUCACAGGAACAUCCACACCGAAAGGGGGUUUCAUAAAGGAAGAAUUCAAAACACAGAAAACUACCUCAGAGAAGAAAACAGUGUCACUAGGAAAACAGGUGGUACGGAGAAAAGACCAUUUAAAGCCUCCACAAUCCAGCCAAAUUCAGAAAGUAAAGGAGAUUGAAUACCAAAACCUAUGGUUCCCAGCAGAUUUAUCAAAUCCCUAUGCUGUGGCAUCUGUUUUGAUUCAAGAACCGGGCAAAUUAAAGAUUAAACACUUGAAAGAAGUCCUGUGCCAAGGUAAUGAAGGUGCAAAAACAAGACAAAUGAGGGAAGCUGUAUUCGAACUAAAAGUCAAACAAGAUACUAUGGAAGAAGAAGCAAAUCAGCUUAAGUGGCAAGUUCAUACAGGUAAAGAUCCAAUUUCAAUGAAAUUUAAGAAAGAGAUAAUCGAAGAACGACGGCAGGAAGAAGAGCAAUACAAGAUCAAAAGAGGAGAUCCUAUUACAGAGAGAGAGUUUCAAAGGGAUCAAGUGGAAGUUUCUUUCACACGUAUUAUCCGGUCUGUUGAACAGUGUCCAAGUGUCCAGCCCAAGUUUGACCUCCUCCUUAAUGACCCUUGGGAAAACAGACACCGGAUUUUAAGACGGUUUCAGCAAGCAGCUCGCAAGGUCCUGAUUCAGUGGCGGCUAAAUCGUGUAUUACUUUUGUUUCGUGAACUAACGGGAGAUGUCAAAAGGCAAAGCAAUGAAGAAAGCUCUGUAUCAGCAGAAAACAGCAGUUUGAAAACCAUCAGUCCAAGAGCUAUGAGUGAAGAACAGAAGAGUGUCACUUUCAACCUAUCUGUAGAUCGCAUAUUACCUUUCACAUUCCCGGCCUACUACCCGCCUCAGUGGUCUGAUGAACUGGCUCCCGAUGGUCUUGGUCCAGUUCCUGUCAAGCCUAUAGACAUGAAAGUCAAGCACGUUCACCCGUUCUAUGAUUUAAAGGUUCCUCAGCACUUCAGCAUUAUGAGGUACCAGCCAUUUUGCACACACCAUGCAUCGACAAGUUACAAACCUCAGAAACUUUCCCGACCACUAAAGCAGGGAGCUGAGGAUGAGCUGAUCUCAGUAGUAACUUCUCCAGAGCCACAGCUCAGUCCUCCCUCACCCCCAGGGGAUCUACACAAACACCCCGGAGAGAAAUCCCUGGAAAGGGUCACAGGACUUUUAAACCUGGCAGCUCCCAAAGCGUUACUCCAGCCUCCAGACAGUCACCCACUUCGCAUAUUUAAUCCUACUCCAGGACUGUACGUCUUUCUGCAGCCUUUGGACUAUUCAGAAACAAACAUUGAAUAUCAUCUUUGUCCUCAUCCAAAAUAUAAAUUCACCAAAGAAUAUCCCACAGGAUCCAGCAUCCCAAUUACACAAAAGAAAUUUCUGCAUCACAAGGAAGUCAUUCGAGGAGUAACAUACUGGAGACGAUUCCCAUCAGUGGUUUAUUCAGCCUUGUCUAAUGCUCCCUCUCUGACAAGCACAAUGAUGCCUCAUUGCAGUGAUCCCUACACUUUAGAUAUGCUUCCAAGAGAGGUACCACCUAUGCUGGAUGACUUACCCGAGAGAGACAAGGAAAAUAUAACUGGCUAUGAGAGUGAAUCGGAGUUAAAAGUGGUUCUUACCCCAGAUAUGCUGAAAGCCGAAUUUCCGCAGAUUGAAUCAGGAAAAGAUGGAAGUGAUACAGCACUAGAAGUUAAACGUGCUUCCAGCAACAUAGUGGAUACCUCUGCUCCUGUUUCUGGAGACCCAAGAGACCAUCUGGAUCGGUAUUUUCAAUCCCAGAAUAGCAAACUCAGAGAGAGGCUGGAGAAAAUGAAGCAGAAAGCACUCAACAAAACCCUCAUUCUGGAAUAACAGCUAGUUCACAAAUUCCUCAAGUCAGUCCCUGUUUCUUUUACACUAACAUGCUGUAUCUCAGCCCCACAAUAUUGCCGGUUCAGGACUUCAGUAUCUGUGCAGAACAGGUAUGAAAUUAUGAUCAGCAAGCAACAGAUUUCUGUAAAGGCACAAACCCCCUCUUGUACAAUCUUGACUACAGUCAUUACUGUAUAUAUUGUAUUUGAGCUGAAUGACCUCUCUGUGAGGGAUUCCUUCCCUAUAUGCUUGUUCAUUGUGCACUGGGGUUAAGUGCUGGAGAAUUAAACAAGCGCAUCAAUAGUUUGUAGUUUUAUAUACAACUUUCCGCACACACAUACCUAUUUAAUGGACUAUCUUUUCUCUGCCACUAAGUACUGUUUUAUAUGCAUUUUGUCUGAGAGUGUCUGCUGCUUUCAAAUAAAAUGUAAAAACCUCUAUGAA